AUGUUGAAGACGUUUUCUUCAUCAUCAUCAUCCCUGAACCACCGUUACUCGUCGAGAAGCAUCGUCCUCGUCGGCGAAAACAAAAGGCACUCGCGUCCUCGUUCUCGUCCUCGUCGUCGUUCAAUUCUUCUCGUACACGCGAAGAAAAAAAGCGGAUUCGCCGCCGAGUUGAUGAAAAAAAAAGAGGAGGACGACGACGACGAUGACGGCCCAAGCACGAGUACUAGUAAAACGAACGAAAACGAACGGUGUCCGUGCGGCUCUUCUAGCUCUUACAAGUCCUGUUGCCGCCCGUAUCACGAUUUGGAACGAUAUCCACCCGACCCGGUGACUCUGAUGAAAUCUCGAUUUUCAGCCUACGCCAAAGGCAAAGCGAAAUACGUCGUUAUGACCACGCACUCGGAAAAUGAAAUCAAAAAAGACGGGAGCAAAACAAAGAGCGGAGUGAAAGUGAGCACGUUAGAAGCGGACGUGAUCGCGACGUGCGAAAAAGUUGAAUUUUAUGGAUUGAAAAUCGCCAACGAGAAGAAGAAGAACGAGACGGAACAUCUGGUUUCUUUCAGUUAUAACUGCCGUGUGCGAGGUCAAAAAGGUUUCGAUCGAGGCAGAGAGGAGACGCAGUCGGAGCUGUCCACGUUUAGGAAAGAGGAAGACGGGAAAUGGUAUUUUCUUGAUGGGAUUCAAGGCGCUUGA